CGUCUCUGUUCACUUAGGUGCUUCCACUGCCAGAAGGCUCACUUGACCUGUGAUGACUGUAAGUUUCGUGAGAGAAAUAGUGUGGAGACGAAAAGAUGUGACUCUGCGACCAUGCGGCAGGAAGGAGUGCCCUCUCCUACUUCCCACACCACAACAAACGACAGCAGUAGGAUUCAGGAUACGACACUGGACGGAGAUACAGUAUCGGCGACAGCCAUACGAGCCAGCCAGGCAACAGAUAGAAUACAGCUUUCCGAUCCAAUGGCUAGGAAAGGAUCGAACGGACAGGGAUCAGCGGAUAAACCUCGGGGACGAACGAUCAGAUCUCGGGCAAGGGACAGGACGAGGAACAGAGCAGUUGACAGAUCAGGGAGGAACAAGAGUGCAUCAGUAGCAACAAUAGCAAAUGACAACCAUCGGGUUCCUCCCCAGCUCUCUUCUUUCAAAACGUCCACUGAGCAAUGCUGCUGCGUACAUGCGUCUGUCUCCGGACAGGUGGCGCAUACGCUCGCUCGCUCGCUCGUCGUGUUUUUACCCUUUACCCUUGCACCAGUAUUUCAAAAAAGCCCGUGUGUACAGCAAUUAUGGGUAUAUCAUGCAGGAGAGCAGAAGACUCUCGUGAGCAGGAGAUUUUCUGUGUGGUGGUGCUUGAACGGGUAUUGGUCGGCCGGAUCUCAUCUUUUCUUUUUUUUUUAGUCUACUUAGUCUACUUAGUCUACUUUCUCCACUUUUGAAUGGUUACUGUCCACGUCCCGCCCCCCCCCCCCC